UUCGACGCUUCGAUAGAAUUAACAGUUCUCAACUUUGGUCUCAUUUGGUCUGGAUACAGUUCUGAACUUUGGUCCUAAUUGGAGGGAACACUUGCUGUAACGAAAUUUGGUCGGAAUUCUGUUUGGUUCAUUCAUCCCAACGAUGACUAGAACAAGAAGAAUGAAGUACAACGAUGACGGUUCCCAAGACACAGACGAUUCCAGUGCUGAAAAUAUUAUUCCUUCAGUUUCUAAGGUGAAUUCACCUAUUCCUUUAAAUCUUGCUUUUGAUAUUGUUAAACCUAACCCCAAAGACAGUUGCUCGGUAGGAGACAGUUAUGUAGAGACUCGAUACAGCGUAGUAGACGAAGUGGUUUCUAGGGCAAGGGAAGUAGAAAAGAUUGAGCUGGAGAUAAGAGAACUCCAACUACGCAAGCGAUUGUUAGAGCUAACUCCGAACGCUUCAAACAAAGUGAGAAGACCUAGGGAGACUACCGAGUUGUCGGGGUCUCGAUCCGAAGAUAAAACUUCAGCAGUUACAGCAAGUCACCGAUAUACCAAUGUACUUUCGAGUGAUGAAAUGCAAUUCAAAGCACAGAUAGAUAGUGUCAAGGCGCUAUGUAUGUCAGUAAGCUUACCGAAGAUAGAAAUCAUGAAAUUUGACGGGAGUCCUCUGAAAUUUUGGACGUUCAUGAAGGGAUUCAAGGUUAACAUAGCUGCCAGAGUAAAUGAUGACACUCAGAAAUUAAUGUACCUGAUACACUAUUGCGAAGGUAUAGCAAAGGAUGCUAUAGAGCACUGUGUUUUAUUACCAGAAAAGGAAGGUUAUACUGAGGCAAUAAAAAUUCUACAUGAACGGUUCGACAGACCACAUGACAUUGUGAAAGCCUUCUUAACAGAACUGUUAAGUGGAUCCCCACUGAAUCAAGACGACAUAACGGGCCUACAGAAACUGACAAGACUCAUGACUAAUUGUAAGAUAGCCUUGUCACAGAUGGGUAGGAAUGCCGAUCUCGAUUGUUCGACCAACAUAAAACGAAUAGUGAAACAACUACCACGUAGUAUACAGUUUAAAUGGGCGGAGGCCACAGACGAUAUUUUAAAAAAGGGGCUAGAGCCUAAUUUUGAUGAUUUAUUGCAAUUCUUAGAUAAGAAAGUGUCAAUCGCAACAAACACAUACGGACAAUUAGCAAGCGGAAGCUAUAAGGCUCAAACGACGAACAACCGGUCGUCUUCCAUAAGAGCUAAGAUCCAUACUUCGUCAAUUAAAGGAUCAGUCCAUUGUGUAAUUUGCUCCGAUGCCCACGAAGUCGCAUCUUGCCCUCAGCUGCUGUCAGUAAGUCGCAACGAAAAAGUAGAAUUGCUGAAGAAGUUUAAACUUUGCUUUAAUUGCUUAAAACCCAAUCAUCGCGCCACAGACUGCAGACAGCCCGUGUUGUGUGAAAUUAAUGGAUGCAAGCGACGCCAUCAUAGAAUUCUUCACAACACAGAACCUGAUGUUAAACAAGCAUGUUGUAAUUCCACUCAUACUACUGGGAAGUAUUUAGGCUUUGUACCAGUCAGACUACAUGGUCCCACAGGUUAUGUGGAUACCUAUGCAUUGUUAGACAAUGGCUCAGACUCGACAUUACUGCUUAGUGACGUGGCAAAGCAGGUAGGAAUUUCUGGUAUAGUGACAAGAUUAAACAUAUCUUCAGUAAUUGGAGCGUCAUCUCAGAACGCUGAACUUACCAAUUUCGAAAUUGAGUCUUUAGAUAAGACCAACCGAAUAAAAAUUGAAGGUGCAUAUACUAUAGAUAACCUACCUAUUAAAAGAGCAGAAAUCCCACCAACGGACUUCCAAGAAAGAUGGAAACACUUGAAAGGCGUACAACUACCCACCAUAGCUUGUGACAAGGUUGGUUUGUUACUUGGUGUUGACGUUCCAGAGGCCCACUGGGUACUCGAUCAGCGUAUCGGAAAACCUAAACAACCCUAUGCUUCACUAACCAUGUUAGGGUGGGCUUUAUUUGGACCAACGGGUCAACGUAAUAAGACUUCAGUCUUCAUGAACUGUUUAAAAGCGAAAAAUUCCCUCGAGGAGGAUAUUCUCAAAUUAUUUGAACAUGAAUUUUCUGAAAAUAAAUACUCUGAUAAGGUUACCAUGUCCCUAUGUGAUAAGACCAUUAUGGAGAUUACUGACAAGCAAACAGUAUUGCUCGAAGGACAUUAUCAAGUGCCGAUACCCUGGAAGGUAGAUUGACACUCACUUCCAAGGAAUAAGCGCGAAAUAGAAAAACGAUUAAUUUGCCUACGGAAAAGGUUACUAAAGGACGAACAGCUUCGGAAACAAUAUACUAUUAUAUUAGCUACCCACGAAAGUAAAGGAUAUUUGGCUCGAGUAACACAAGCUAUCGAAGAAGAAAGGUAUUUUAUUCCACAUCAUCCCGUAUUUAACCCUAAAAAACCAGGUAAAGUUCGGAUAGUCUUUGAUUGUGCUGCUAAGUUACAAAACAGAUCGCUAAAUGAUUGUAUAUAUUCUGGACCAGAUCUUACAAAUGACCUAGUGGGAGUUUUGCUUAGAUUCAGAAAGCAUAAGAUUGGAUUGUCGGCAGACAUUGAAGAAAUGUUCCUCCAGGUACAUCUACCCGAAAAGGAUACAAAGGCCUUCAGCUUUUUAUGGUACCCCGGUGGCAAUCUUGAUUCUCCUCCUGAGGUCUAUGAGUUGCAUGUACAUCCUUUCGGGGCUACGUCCUCACCGUUUUGCGCUACAUAUGCGUUAAGACGCACUGCUACAGAUCACCGAGAUUUGUUCGAUGAAAAAACACAGUCCACUUUACGAGAAAAUUUUUAUGUAGACGAUUGUUUAGUCUCAGUAGAAACAAUAUCAGAAGCUGCUGAGUUAGCAAAGAAUCUAAUGAGACUCGUGGCGCUUGGAGGCUUCCGUUUACAUAAAUGGGUUAGUAACGUAAAUGAAGCACUGAAUGACGUCCCUAUAGGUGACAGAUCAAACAAUUUGGUUCGUAUACCAGGUUCGACAGAACGUAUACAGAGAACUUUAGGACUUUGUUGGCACACGCAAUCCGAUUGUUUCGCAUUCGACGUAAAUCUUCCCGAACGCCCGAUCACUAAGAGAGGCAUUCUAUCAUGUGCAUCAUCGUUAUAUGACCCGCUUGGAUUUCUAGCGCCUUUAUCACUUACCCCUAAACGAAUUCUGCAACAGCUAUGUCGUAAAAACUAUGGGUGGGAUGAGAUAAUAGAUGAGGAGUCACGAAUGAGUUGGGAAAGUUGGUUAGAAGCAGUUGCGGGUGUCAGAGAUCUAAGGAUACCACGAUGUCUCAAUAUUGGAUCGUACAAUAAAGGGCAAAUUUCUCUACAUCUGUUUUCGGAUGCUUCAGAAAGCGGUUAUGGAGCCGUAGCCUAUAUGAGUGUACAAUAUGAUACAAGUAUAACGAGAUGUAGCUUCAUCCUGGGCAAAUCUAGAAUAGCACCCCUAAAAUUCGUCAGUGUUCCUCGCCUUGAACUACAAGCCGCAGUACUGUCAGUGAAGUUGAUGAGGCAAAUAGUAGAAGAAAUAAAGCUGAACGAUCUGACUGAAAUCUACUUCUGGACUGAUUCUAUGAUAGUAUUAAAUUACAUACUUAAUACAACGUCACGUUUCAAGACAUAUGUAGCUAAUAGAAUUAACUUCAUCCACGAGCGAACUAAGCCAUCCCAAUGGAAAUAUGUACCAUCAUCUAUCAAUCCUGCUGAUCUAGCUUCUAGAGGAAUAUGUAUGUAUGACCCCAACUGUAUUGAAGCUUGGCUUUCAGGUCCCGAGUUCCUAACGACUGAGAAGGAUAAAUGGCCUGAGUAUAGACGAGAAGUAAUAUUAAAACUCCCAGUCGAGCUGGAGUUAAAGAACGCCACAACCUUAGACACCAUGACUACAGUUUUUCCCCUUGAUAAAUUUAUAUCCUAUUUUUCGUCAUGGAUUAAACUCAAACAAGGCAUAGCUUGGCUCAUCAGGUUCAAACGUUACCUCUACAAUAAAACUGUCGUAAGGGGACCCCUUACGCUUAACGAAUUGGAUAAUGCCGAAGGAGACUUAUUAAAAUACGUACAAGAGCAAGAAUCAGCGAAAGUAAGGAAAGACAUGCUGUCUUUGGGGGGCGGUGUUAAGUUUGUCUUAGAUUGUUCCUGCAUGUUCCUUUUCUGCUCUUCGUAUGUUGUUUUAUACUACUUAUUUACGUUCAGUAGGCAGCUGCAUGCCAAACAAUUUUCACACUUAUGUUGUAUCUCAAGUUGUACUGUAACAUUCUGGAAUGUUCACCUAUAUCUUUAACGUUUAUUUUACUUAUAAUUGUAUUUAUCAUUAUAACCCCUGUAAUUUAAUUACUGUAACGAUUAUCCACAGUUUUGUACAUUUGUUUGAAUGCAACAGUUUCCAUAUUGUUUGCUCUUGGUUCGAGUUUCGGUUGUUCAUAAACUGUUACCAAAUUUAGACACAGCUAUCGGCUGUCUUUGGACUAUCGAAGCUUUUGCUAUUUUCAUUUUGAACGACGCGUCUAAACGCCUAGACACCUCACAAGUUGAGGUUUGUAACUAAAUUUUGUGUAUUAUUUAAUAAAGAACCGCUUUUGUAGACAAAUCGUUGUUUGCGAACUUCGAUUUUGCGCGUAUCUCAAUCGGGGUUACUUCGACGCUUCGAUAGAAUUAACACCCAGUUGUAGCAUAUAAUCAAACUCGGCCCUAGCGAUUUUGAGCUUAUCUGGUGCUAGUCUCCUGGGUUUUGCAAACACCGGUGCACCUUCGGUUUUGAUAGUGUGACUUACUUUUAGUUUGUCUUUGGAAGGCUGUGGGUUUGGUUUGGUUAAGUUUGGAAAUUCCGCGAGUAUAUCUUGGAAUUUCGCUGUUGUUACUGGAGGGGUUUGAAUCAAGUUAAG